AUCUGAAGCUGUCCACUGGGUGCACUGGCUCUGGAGCCUCCAAGGUUUUGCAGGCCAAGGUCAACUGCCACCUAUGUUCUCCCUGGGGCCACUUCACAUGAACUACAAAGCAACCUGCAGAUGGAAGCUUGGAGGUACCCAGGCAAGGCCGCACUGUGUGAAUCAAGGCUUGCUGGUACUAAUGCUGGCCCUGGGGCCAUCUAUUGUGAGGCCAGAUGCUGCUUGUUUGAGAGAUUUUAGGGAAUUUUGAAGUGUGAGCCAAGACAGACCAUUCAUGUGGAAAAGUGACUGGAAACAGUUUAGAAGAGCCUUCAGGUUGGGUUAGGCAGGGUCUCAGGAAACCACCAUGGUGGGGAGAGUAGCAUGAGCCUGGUUGAUGGAAACUCAGAUAUGGUGCCUAACUGUUUGGCUCUGUGGACAGCAGAAGGACUCAGUAAAGGAAGAAGGGUUUCUGCCAGUACUUCUGUCUGACAAAAGCUACCUCCCAGCUCUCACUCUGAUGCCAGAUAGUUCAGUUUCUCUCAUAUGUCCCUGGUGCUUUUCAAGCUGCUGCCCCAGCACUGGAUCUCGGAAGGAGUGAAUCCAAUUAAGUCCAUGUAUGAGCCCUUUUAAGAGGAACUGUCUGGGACUCUAGAAACCCUCUGUCUGCCUCAGCCUCAAUCCCCUCUGAUAUUUACAGCCAGAAAUUAUGGAGACUUAUUUUCCUGCCACUGGAACCUCAGGCUGGAGGGCCUGGUGUGGGGUUGGGGGGCUUGGUGUAUGGCUGGGGUCCCUCACUCCUCAGUGGGGACCUCCACAGCCAAAAUAUCCCUCCCAAUUUUUAUUCAUCACAUGUGGGACCAAUUCAUUCUGCAUCUCUACCCCUCUAUCCAGUCUUGCUGUGCUUCUUCCUUAAAUCCCUUGUUGUAGGACUUCCAUUCAGGUAGAUUUCAGGUGGUUAUGAAUUAUAGUUAUACUGCAGUUUAGCUGUAAAUUUAACAUGGUUGUUGGAGGAGGCAAGCACUGCAUUUACUUACACUGCCACCUUGACUGGAAGUCUAAUUGUUUACCAUUAUAAUCAACUGAGAGAACUAACUGAAAGUAUAAAUAUGCAUUUUCGAGAUCAUUAGGUAGAAUUAAGGAUAAAGUCUAUAAUCAUAAAGCCCAUACAAAAGAGCUAGAGGGAAAAAUCAGAUUUGGAUUUAUUAGCAUUAAUCUGAGAAUGCUGAUGAUGAUGAAAUGUUUGUAUGUUAAGCAGAAAGGUCAUAGGUUAACAACAUAAACAGAAUGAAUGGGCUCAGUAUCAGGGAAGACAUCAUAAAGGAGGCAAAUUUGCAGUGAGAUUUGGAGGAAAGAAGGGACAUGAAGAAAUGAGAAAGAAUCAUAAAUUCUGAGGGGUGGUUAUGACCCUGUGCUGAGUAAAGUUCUCAAGAUUUCUUUAUUUCUGGAUAGAUUUGAGUCUCCUGACUUAGGAAACAAUUUAACUUUGCUGUUCUUUUCUUUUUUACUUAGAUAUCAGGUUUCAGCCUUUUAUGUUUUUGUUUUUGGAAAACACAUGUAACUAGUAUAUCAGUAUUUUGCAUGUAAUGAAUCUUUAGGAAAGAUAUUUACUGAUUUUGCAGAUUUCAUUGUAGAACUUUCCUUAUACAUGCCUUACUGUAUGGUAAUGUUUCACUUGUUUUGGCAUACAAAGUAUCAUGACUUUUUUAUGGUUGCAAAUAUUCACAAGUUCUAUAAAAUUUAACUAAGAUUUUUUUAAAGAAUGUCAUUUAAAUAAAAAAUUCAUAUGUUCAAAUGUUAAUAGGAGAUAACAAUUUGAGAAGUAUUUAACAACAUUAAAUUUCUUUUAUUAACCAUGCAGUUUUGUAUGAUCUCUUUUGCAUAGGAAUGGACAAGCAAAUUCAGAUACUCUUGUUCCUAAAGAUGCUAAUGUCUUUAUCUAUGCCAAUUUAGCUUUCAAUUUGCUGUGUUGGUAGAGGAAGGAACACUUUUUUCUCAUCUUUCAAAGGAGAAAAAUAUCUACCCCUUCAUCUUAACAAUUACUCCUAGGUAUAAUAGAGGUUAAAAUAUGAUUUUAAAGUUGCAUAGGGCUUACUCAGGCCAGAAUAGCACUGACAGGAGAGCUGUAUUUUCUACAACCUAUACCCAAGGCAGAAAUUGCUAAUCCAGUUUGGCACUGUUUCUGCCUGAUUCUGGCUACAGUUUUAGAAUCCAUUUCAUUACAGUAGUGGAAGUACCAGUUACUAAUCCAUAGUAAUUAAUUACUCAUUAAGUAUGUCAGUUACUAUGCCAACCAUGUUAUAUAUAUAUUACCUUAAUUAUUACAACAGUCCUGUGAGGUUUUACAGAUGAGUACACUGGUGACCGAAGAAGUUAAGAAACUUCCUCAAGAUUAUAACACUAAAAAGCAGGAGAACCAAAAUUCAAAUACGGUUUUACUUUCCUCCAAAACUCUCUUACUUAACUACUGUAGUUUAAGUCUUGAAACUAAUGAUGAAAUGUCAUUGCCAUUCCUAUGAGGUAUUUGGCAAUUAACUUUCUUUUGGAAUCACUAAGAUGUAUGAAAAGAAAAAUGAAAACUGAAAUAUUAUCAACAUUGAUUAUUUUGUAGGUGUAAAGAAGGUGAACUAAGAAAGGGAAAAAGGCACAAAAAAAUGUCAGGUGACAAAGAAAGGAAGAAUCAACAAGCUCCUGAAGAAGUUCUGACUCAACAAGACACAUCUUCAUUAACUGAUGCUGUAGAGCAAGUUGCAAAGCAACAACAAUCACAAACAUCAGAAAUAGAAAAAAACAAAAAAAUUCUGUAUCAUUUACAGAAUGAACUUCAUGAGCUGGAAAAACAAAUAGCAUCUGUUUCUGCAGAAACUACAGAAACAGAAAGGCUAAUUUAUCAGCAAGAUGCUGCCAUAGAGAAUAGCAAACUUCAGUGUGAAAACCUGGAAAUGCAAAUCAAAUCCUUACAUAUAGAAAAUGUAAAACUUAAAUUUGACAUAGAAGCAGCCCAAGAAAAUUUUGAGGAACACCUGAUAAGAUAUAAUGAUUACUAUGCAAAAAUAAAAGUGCAUAAGAACAGUUUGAGGGAGGAAGAAAGCAAAUGGCCAUUUAUGACUGAACUCCAUGAAAAACAAGAUCUUGUUAAAAAACUAAAGACAGUGAAAGAGGAACUAAGGCAAGAUCUCCAGAAUCCAGAAGGAAACUGGAUGAAACAAGUACAGGAAGAUAUUACAAAGUUAAAGGAUGAAAUUACAACUAUAAAAGAAUCUAUCAUCGAAAAUACUUGUUUUCUUCAGGUAGAAAAUAAGACACAUGAAAAAUUAAGAAAAGAAAUAGAGGUACAACAUAAGAGAUAUGGUGCAAUUCUUAAGCGUUUGCAUUGUCAGGUGAACAAGCUUCAGUCAAAUAGAAGGCAAUGGCAAUGGGACAUUCAACAACUAGAAAAAACUGCAGCUGAUCUAAGAAAAUGCAUUGCAAUGAAAGAUUAACAUGGCCAUAGGACAAAGUAGAACACAGAGUAUUCCCACAAAAAUUAUGGGACAGAAUGUUGAGAAAUCAAUCAUAUUUUUAUUUUGGAAUUUUAUUUAUUUACUUUUAUUAAUGUAUAAUUGACAUACAAUAUUAUAUUUAUUCCAGUUAUACAACACAGUGGUUGUAGGUUUAUAUACAGUACCAAUACCAAUAAGCUUCCACUAUCAGAGGUCUGUCUUAAUGACAGAUAUAUUUCUCUUUUUUCUAAUCAGUCAUUGUUGAUAAAGUGCUUCCAACAUUACAAUUGAUAGCAGUAGUUAGACAAUAGGAAUGCUUACAGAAUAAUGGAUGACUCUGUGAAUAUUUUUCAUGUAUAUGAUAUAUUGUAUUCAUGAAUGCCAGUUUAUAAACUGUUGCCUUCACUAUCACAUAAAGUAAAAAUUUAGAAGAAACCUUUGACUUUACAAUAAUUUAAGUUGUUAAGACAUUUAAAUGGUUGUCUGUUUUAAGCUUUAUGAGAACUUGUUUUUUUACUACUGCUUUCACAGUAGCCCAUAAAUAUUGACAUUUACAAUAAUGUUGUUUUAUGUUCAACACCUCAGAUAUAUUUCUUAGUUUUCUCUUUCAUCGAGAAGGUAGCAAUCAUUUUUCUUUGUUAUUAGAUAACAUAUUUUUAGAGUGUUGCAAAACAUAACUUUUUGUUCCUGUUUCUGUCUUUAAAUUCUUUAUUACUUGUCUGACUAAAAUAACAUUGUGUAAGCCUAACUUAGUUAACCAGUACAAACAUGUAUUUUUUUCACUGAAAGACACAUACUAUGUCCUUGACAACAAAUAAGAAUUUAACUUGUGCCUUUUAAGAUGAAAGUGUUCCUUCUCAUGGCUCCAUUGAUUCACAUUUUUAGGAGCAAAAAUAAAAUAUUAAUUAUUAAAUACAUGGUUUCUAUUUUUUUAAGAAACUAAUGUUUUAAUUGCAGUUUGUAUUCAAUAUUAUUUUAUAUUAGUUUUAGGUGUACAGCACAAUGGUUAGACAAUCUUAUACUGUAUGUAAUUAUCUCAAUAUUAUUGACCAUAUUCUUUAUGCUGUACUUUACUAAAUACAUAGUUUUUAAAUAUAUGCUUUAAAAUGUAAUGAUUUCAAAUCAACAUCAAAAUGAUAUCACAAGUUUAUUUUCUCCUUAUAUUUUCAUGUGCCUGAGAUUUAGUAAGAUAACUGAUAUAAAACCUGAUAUUAAUAAUCUUAUCAUGCCUAACAUUAAUAGUCUUAUUAUGCAUUAACAUAGCUUAUUAUGGCUAACACUUUAAAUGACUUAUGCUAUAACACAAUCAGCUUUGGUCCAUGACUCAGAAACACAGCUAUGAAUAAAAACAGUUAAAACUAACUUGUGGAAUAAACCCUCUAUACUCAGCUGAAUACAAGGCCAAACCAA